AUGUCUUCAUCUAAACGUGCGUCCUCAAAAACAAAGUCACCUCCUGCGUCUAGUUCAAAUUCAGACAAAGGAAAUAAAUUUGGAGAUGGGAUACUUUUUCGUUCUGGUGCACCCGUUCAAUUAUUAGAGUAUAUAAACUCAGAGGAAGAUGGUUUUGGAAAAAUUGUGAUCAAUAAUGCCGCACUCGAAAUACUCGAUAAUAUUAAAGAACCUGUAGCCAUUAUGGCAGUCGUGGGAUCAUAUCGUCGUGGUAAAUCAUGGUUUGCUAAUGUACUUCACGGGCGUCACGAUGGAUUUGAACUUGGGUCCAAAGUUGAAGGAUGCACUCGUGGUAUAUACAUGUGGGAUACCCCCUUUUCUCACGAAGGAAAGCGUGUUAUAGUACUUGAUUGCGAAGGUAUCGAUGAUCCUAAGCAGGAUCAGGAGUGGGCUGUUAAACUUUUCAUCCUCUGUUUAGUUAUCUCGUCUACUUUCAUUUAUAACGUAAACGGGAUUCUUGGUCGCGACGAUAUCGGAAAACUUUAUCUAAUGACCGAUUUAAGUAAAUUCAUUCAACCACCGAGUGACUCUGAAUUCUUGCCAAGAUUAGUUAUUUUAUUGAGAGAUUUUCAGUUAGAAGAACCCGAUGAUUUUCGAGAAUACUUGAUUGAAAAGUUGAAUAAUGUUAAUGAAGAAA